AUGGCGUCUGACGCAUUAGCAGAUCAUGAUACAAAGUUAGAAGCGGUUUCAGGGAGGAGAGUCGCAGUCGUAGGUGCAGGAGUAAGUGGUCUUGCGGCGGCUUACAAGUUGAAAUCGAGGGGUUUGAAUGUGACUGUGUUCGAAGCUGAUGGAAGAGCAGGUGGGAAGCUGAGAAGUGUGAUGCAUAAUGGCUUGAUUUGGGAUGAAGGAGCAAACACCAUGACUGAGGCUGAGCCAGAAGUUGGGAGUUUGCUGGAUGAUCUUGGGCUUCGUGAGAAACAGCAGUUUCCAAUUUCACAGAAAAAACGGUAUAUUGUGCGGAAUGGUGUACCUGUGAUGAUACCCACCAGUCCCAUAGCGUUGGUCACUAGUAGUGUGCUCUCUACCCAGUCUAAGUUUCAAUUACUGUUGGAACCAUUUUUAUGGAAGAAGAAGGACUCGUCCUCAAAAGUGUCAGAAGCAUCUGCAGUAGAGAGUGUAAGCGGGUUCUUUCAACGCCAUUUUGGACAAGAGGUUGUGGAUUAUCUCAUCGACCCUUUUGUUGGUGGAACAAGUGCCGCGGAUCCUGAUUCCCUUUCAAUGAAGCAUUCUUUUCCAGAUCUUUGGAAUAUAGAGAAAAGUUUUGGCUCGGUUAUAGUCGGUGCAAUCAGAACAAAGUUUGCUGCUAAAGGUGGUAAAAGUGGCGAAACAAAAAAGGGUUCGCGCAGUUCAUUCUCUUUUAAGGGGGGAAUGCAGAUUCUUCCUGAUAUGUUGUGCAAAAAUCUCUCACAUGAUGAGCUCAAUUUAGACUCCAAGGUUCUCUCUUUGUCUUACAAUACUGAAUCAAGUCAGGAGAACUGGUCAUUAUCCUGUGUUUCUUAUAAUGAGACGCAGAGACAAAGCCGCAAUUAUGAUGCUGUAAUUAUGACGGCUCCUCUGUGCAAUGUGAAGGAGAUGAAGGUUAUGAAAGGAGGGCAACAGUUUAAGCUAAACUUUCUCCCGGAGAUUAAGUAUAUGCCUCUCUCGGUUAUCAUCAGUACAUUCACAAAGGAAAAAGUAAAGAGACCUCUCGAAGGUUUUGGGGUACUCAUUCCAUCUAAGGAGCAAAAGCAUGGUUUCAAAACUCUGGGUACACUCUUUUCCUCAAUGAUGUUUCCAGAUCGUUGCCCUAAAGACCUUCAUCUGUAUACAACUUUUAUUGGUGGGAGUAGGAACCAGGAACUAGCCAAAGCUUCCACAGAUGAAUUAAAACAAGUUGUGACUUCUGACCUUCAGCGACUGUUAGGGGUUGAAGGUGAACCCGAAUUUGUCAACCAUUUCUAUUGGAGCAAAGCAUUCCCGUUGUAUGACAGCAGCUACGAUUCAGUCAUGGAAGCAAUAGACAAGAUGGAGAAAGGUCUACCCGGAUUCUUCUAUGCAGGUAAUCAUCGAGGUGGGCUCUCUGUUGGGAAAUCAAUAGCAUCAGGCUGCAAAGCAGCUGAUCUUGUGAUCUCAUACUUGGAAUCUUGCUCAAAUGACAAGAAAACUUGA